AUGGGUCCGCUAAAGACGGAAUACCUCUCCUACCUGCCAUUAUGCUGCGUGUAUUUCUGCGCGGGGCGCCGCGCGACGGCGCCUCGUCAGGCCGCGCGUUGGGGCGCCAUCAGCGCGGCCCAUGCGCAUAUAGUGGCGCCGGCGCUUGCUGCAGUCACAGCAGGGGUCUUAGCUGAUGCUGGAGUGGAUUCGAGACUGAUUAUGGGAGCGCUGGUGUCGUGCGUAGGCGCACCUUGUGCAUGGCUGUCUUUAAGCGCGUGUAGCGACGCGGGCGCGGCGCUGGCGGCGCUGGCGGGUAGUUACGUCGCGUCGCUUGUUGCUGCGCCCGCUGCUAUGUUCGUUAUUUGCGGGCGCGCCCCCAUCCCGGCGCUAGGGCCGUCCCUGUGGUCCGCCCUGUGCACGCUGCCCCCUCUCACAGCGGGCGCCAUACAUUCCCGCUUCCGACGCUCGCAUGAUAGCGUUAAAGAUGUCACAACAGCUUCCCAGAGCGGGGAUGAGAGAGAUGCGAAAGCGCGCGAGUUACAGUGCCCGAGGACGAUAGAGCGGGUGUCGGCGUUAGCGCUGCUUUAUGUGGACUGUUGCGAGAGAUUGAGGGAGGCGGAGGGUAGCUUGUACGUGGGAGACGUGCUGACUACCCUCGUUAUAGGUAAGUUUCGAGUGUAAAGAGUGUAGAGUGUAAAACCAAUUAAUUGCAUGUGAUCUUUUGGGUGAUUAUAAAGAUAGACUACCGGGCGAUGUGGAAAUCAUUGGGGGAGGAGGCCUAUG